UAUCCCCGAAUCCCAGUCUCUGUCUCUUCCUAGCUCUCAGCUCUACCCCUCUCAUUCUCUCUGUUAGAAGAGAGAGAGAGAGAGAAAAACGAAAUCCAAACUAAAUCCAAUAAUGGGGGAAGCCAAACGCUACCUCAUUCUCUCUUUCCUCAUCUUCCGCCUCUCAAGCUCCCCAUCAUCACCGGCCACUUUCCCAGAUGACUUCUCCACCAUGCAAAAGCUAGCCAAUCUCCUCACCCCGACCCCACAAGGUUGGCUUUCCUCAACCGAUCCCUGCGGAAACACGAAAUGGAGCGGCGUCGUCUGUUCGUCAGGCCGUGUCGUUUCCAUCAACAUCGCCUCCCAAUCCAUCAGCGGAUCUCUGCCGUCCGAUCUCAACAAGCUCACUGCCCUCAAAUCCCUCUCCCUUCAGAAAAACACGCUCUCGGGCUCACUCCCAUCCCUUGCCAACCUCAUCAAUCUCCAGGAGAUCUACCUCGACGGGAACCAGUUCUCCUCCAUUCCUCCUACGUUCUUCGACAACCUCCCCAGCCUCCAAUCCGUCAGUCUCGAUGGCAACCCUCUAUUACCAUGGUCAAUCCCCGACCUCUCCCAAUCAACCCCCCUUGCCUUGUUCUACGCUAGCAAUGCCAACGUCGUGGGUCCCAUCCCUGAUUUCUUCGGCUCUCUUCCAAGCCUUCAGUCUCUGCGGCUUUCAUACAACAACAUUACCGGCGGACUCCCCCAUACAUUCGCCACCUCCGGCCUCAAGAACCUCUGGCUCAACAACCAGAAGUCAACCACGAAGCUGGAGGGCCCCAUUGACGUGCUUGGGUCGAUGACCCAUCUGUCGCAGGUAUGGCUGCAUACCAAUUCCUUCACCGGGCCCGUCCCGGACCUCUCCAAUUGCACCUCGCUCUUUGAUCUGCAGAUCCAGGAUAACUGCCUCACGGGGGUUUUGCCACAAUCGAUCUUCACGCUCCCUAGCUUGGUGAAUGUGUCAUUAGGCAACAACAAUCUACAAGGUCCGUUCCCGAGCUUUGCAUCGGCGGUGAAGGUUGACAAUGCCAUAACCAACAAUAACUUCUGUAAUGCCAAUGGGGGGCCUUGCGAUCCAAGGGUGACGACGCUGCUCUUAGUUGCGGCGGGGUUUGGGUACCCAGAAACUCUCUCUGAUCCCUGGACGGGUGACGACCCAUGCGGUGGGUGGUCAUUUGUAUCGUGCGAUUCGCAAGGAAAUGUCAUCGUUCUGAAUCUAGCAAAGCAGAAUUUGGUCGGGAGCAUCUCGCCCGCCAUCACGAAUCUCACAUCGCUUACAACAUUGAUCUUGAGCAACAACAAACUCACGGGACCGAUCCCGAAUGGAUUGGCAGGUCUGUCCCAAUUGCAGACUGUUGACUUAUCCAACAAUAACCUCACAGGGAAGGUGCCCGUUUUCAACCCGAGUGUGAAGUUGAACACAACCGGCAAUCCGCUCCUCGGAAGCAACUCGACCGUGGGUGGGGGCGGUGUGAGUUCUGGUGGGAGUGGGUCCAGUGCAUCUUCCCCAGAUGGAAGUCCUGGCGGCAAAUCGACCUCUUCAUUCUCUGUCGUAUUGAUUGUUGGGAUUGUUCUCGGUGUUCUUCUAUUAAUCUUCAUUUUCUGGAAGCGAACAAAAACUCGGCAUAGCAACGCUAAUGUGUCUGCAAUCGGGAGCAUGGUUUUCUCAAUCAACGAUCUUCGCCUGGCGACGAACAAUUUCAGUGAAGAUAACAUCGUGGGUAAAGGUGGAUUUGGGGUUGUUUAUAAAGGGGUGCUCCAUGACGGGUCCCAGGUUGCCGUGAAGCGGAUGAAAUCCAGCAUGAUCAGCUCGAGAGGCACGAGUUCGUUCCUGGCAGAGAUUGCGGUGCUAACCAGGGUCAGACACCGGCAUUUGGUUGGUCUCAAGGGUUAUUGCACGGACGUGGACGAGAAGCUUUUGGUUUAUGAAUACAUGCCACAGGGUACUUUGGGGCAGCAUCUCUUUGAAGUGGAAAAUCACGGCUACGAAAUACUUAGUUGGAAGCAGAGGCUUACGAUUGCAUUGGAUGUGGCCAGAGGGAUUGAGUAUUUGCAUAGCUUGGCUCGUCAGAGCUUCAUUCAUCGUGAUUUGAAGCCGUCCAAUAUACUUUUGGGGGAUGAUAUGAGAGCCAAGGUUUCAGAUUUUGGAUUGGUUAAGCUUGUUCCAGAUGGGAAGUCUUCCAUGGAGACGCGGUUGGCCGGAACGUUCGGAUACCUUGCACCUGAGUAUGCAGCGACAGGAAAGGUGACCACCAAGGCCGACAUCUACUCGUUCGGUGUCGUCUUGAUGGAGAUGAUCACGGGGAGGAAAGUGGCAGAUGACGCACAGCCUGAGGAAGAAGUUGAUCUGGUCACGUGGUUCCGCAGAGUUCUCAUCGGCAAGGCUGACAUGAAGAUCAAUGAUAUUGUGGACCCCACCAUUAAACCCGACGAGGACGAGGACGAGGCAACGUUCCGCAGCAUCUUGAAUGUGGCGGAGCUCGCAGGCCACUGCACUGCCCGUGAUCCUAAUCAGAGACCAGAGAUGGGCAAUGUGGUAAACAUUCUAUCUCCCAUGGUAGAACAGUGGAAGCCCGCCAGCCCCGACGAUGAAGAUGGCUAUGAUGCUGAUGGAGGUGGUGGCGGGCCUUACACCCACAUGACAAGCCUCGGGAGCACCCAAGCAGCAUAGUCAUGGAUGCUGAUG